CAGGAGCCUCCGCUGAUUACAACCCCGAGACCCACCGUGAGGCCAUUUAUCUUCCUUUCCAUCUAUUCUUCCGCUACUUUUGCUGCGUCUUUCCAGCUUCGUCGUCCCGUUCUUCUGCCUUUCUGGAGGCGACGCGCUGGAAUCCUUCGUCUCGGCUCCGUUUUGGGAUUGGACUGAGACAUCUGUGACGGCAGUGAAGAUCCAGGGUCCAAACGACCGAAAUUGCGCCAAUAAAAGACGUUUGAAGGCCGCUUGGAAGAGCAUCUUGAUUGCCCAAGUCUAACGAGAACUUGCAUGACACCCCAGCCUUGAUCCCAUUUCCUGCUCCUCAUUGGGUUGUUGGAACCAGCCGCCGCCAUGACUCAACAACGCGAUCCACCAAGCAUCGGGACUGCAGACGGCGUGCCGCCAUUCCCCAAACGCCAGAUGCUGAUUUUGGCGUUGUGUCGACUGUGUGAGCCCAUCGCCUUCACGUCUAUUUUCCCUUACAUAUACUUCAUGAUCGAAGAUUUCCAUGAAACCGACGACCCGAAUCAGAUUUCGACCUACGCCGGCAUGAUGACCACCGUCUUUGCCCUUGCCGAGUUUUCGACCGGCGCAAUUUGGGGUCGCGUCAGUGACAAGGUCGGCCGAAAGCCCGUCAUCGUCAUUGCUCUGCUUGGCACAGCCACGAGCAUGCUGCUCCUAGGUCUUUCGUCAAAUAUUAUGAUGGCGUUGUGCGCUCGUGUUCUUGCGGGGCUUUUGAACGGGAACAUCAGCGUCAUGCAAACAGUCGUCGGUGAAAUGGUCACCGCUAAAGAACAUCAAGCUCGUGCAUACAUGAUCAUGCCUCUAGUUUGGGGCAUCGGAUCCAUCAUUGGUCCCAUGGUUGGAGGAGCUCUAGCUCGGCCUUGCAUCAGCUACCCGGAUUAUUUCCAAAAAGGCUCCAUCUGGGAUCGUUGGCCAUAUCUGCUGCCAAAUUUAUGCAGCGCCAUUCUACUCGUUGUGGGCGCCUCAUUUGGCGCAUUGUUUUUCCAAGAAACAAACCCAACCAUUUCACGUCCCGAUCCUGCACUGAAGGUCGGUAAUUGGAUUUUAUCACUUGGCUCGCGGCUACUCCCCAGCUCUGAGCCAGCAGACACCCAGCAAAGAUCAACUGCUCAGGCUGAACCAAGUUGCCUGUCUCCAAUCAUACAACCAAUUGAAGACAGCCUAAAAUUGUCAAAGAAACCUGGGCCCGCCUUCAAUCGUCAGGUUAUCCUGAACAUUGCUUGUUACGGAAUUCUCGCAUUCCAUACCAUGACCUUCGACGUCCUAUUUCCCGUCGUUCUGAGUACCGAAUCACGCACCGACAGACAUUUGUCUUGGCCAUUCAAAUUCGUCGACGGAUACGGCAUGGAUACCAAGGAAGUGGGCUUUGUCCUUUCUAUGCAAGGCAUAUACUCCAUCUUCGCCACUGCGUUUUUAUUUCCGUUCAUGGUCAGCCGAACAGGCCCUUUGAAAUUGUUCAAAUUUCUGGCUCUCACGUACUGGCUCAUGUACUUCUUCGCGCCGUAUGCAGUUCUGUGUCCCGAGAGUCUGAGAAUGGUCGCAGUAUAUGUGAUUCUGAUCUGGAGGUGUUCCUACUCGUCUAUCGCAUAUCCUGCUAACGCCAUCCUUUUAAUCAACGCAGUUUCAGACAAGGCGAGUUUAGGAACGAUCAAUGGCCUCGCGGCCUCAACUGCAAGCUUUUGUCGAGCUUUCAGCCCUAUAGUAGCUGGGUAUCUGUAUUCAGUGGGACUUGACGCGGGAUACUCUGGUUUUGCCUGGUGGUUCAAUGCCGCUAUCACAUUGGGUGGUUCAAUUGUGAGCGUUUAUUUGAUGGACGAAAACACUGAGGACGAGGAUAAGGAUUGCGAUGAAGAGACGGCACUACUCAGUGCCUUAUAGGAGGCAAGGCAACCGAAGCGGCAGCAAUGAAGAGCAAGACGGAAUGAAAUGGAAUUACAUAGACUUGUGAAUGUGGGCGAUUUGGCAUAUUGACUUGCUGGGUUGUGUGUGCUACACAUUGUCGACAACAUGGACAAGGGCGAAUCAAGAGAAAUAUCAGAACAUGACGCGAGCAAUAAUGAGGAUGUGUGCUGGACGGAAAUGACGGUUAGCAAUGGCUAGGAAACAAGCAUGGUUAAUUUGGGUAGUCCAUUUGCAUUAAGUAUAGGCAACGGUUGACAUUUGUGGCAACGUAACAGAGAAACAUAUUAUAUAGGGUAUUGCUAUUCGCAGACACUCAAAAUAUUAUUCGCACACUUGAGUAUAUAGGCCAAUUUCACCAAGAAGUCUCA